AUGGAAAACGAAAAUCAGAUGUUUCAAUUGGACCAUAAUACCCUUUCACGCCACUGUCCCUGGCAAGCCGACAACCCUCAACCAAUCUCCCGACAACAACGGCCCACCGAAGAAGGUCUCCAAUGGGGGUCAGAUCCCAGCUUCUGCUAUCACGGCUACUCUAGCCCCAUCGGCACCUGGACAGAGGAGCGGCUCGUGCAGAACCUGAUGCGGAACAUGGCCAGUUUCUGUGUCACGAUGGAUAUUGGUUUUAAUAUUCCCGAAAGCAUGGAUGAGCCAUCUCAAAAGCCUAUACUGAGUCCAUCGCAACUGGAUGGGUUCACACUUCCCAUGUUCCAGCCCUCAAUGAUCCCACAAAACGAAAGACUCUCCGAAACACCAUCCUCGCCAUCCUUAUCCCAAUCGAGCCAAGGCCAAAUUCUCUCCCCAGAUGAUACCGAAUGCACACAACGAGCAAGUUGUGUCAAAGCCAGGAAUCGGUCUGGGCAAAAGAAGAGAAAAUGUGUACAAAAGCCGGGACAGAAACUGUGCCACUGUCGAUCGGAAAAGAAGAGAAGGGAGCUUGUUAGAGACCGAUAUAAGGAACUUUGUCGCAUUGUGCCAGGGCUUGAGAAACAGGAGUACACGAGGAAAUAUGUUCUGGAGGAGGCUGCAUUGUGGAUACAAAGAUUGGUCCAGGGAAAUGAUGCUCUUCAUCAACAACUAGGGCACUUGAAGGAACAGGAGAAGUUGAAACAGUUGCGGUUAUUUCCUAUUGAGGAAGAAGAAGAAACGAUCUAA